AAUUUUUCUGCGGUCAGAAUACUGACAGCGCUUUUUCAUUGGUUAAUUCUAUUGUUCUUUGCUCACAUAGUCAAUCCUUUGUUAACAAAUAUAUUUAUUUCUAAGAUGUGACCAUGUCGACUUAAUGCUUAUUGGUUGAUUGUAAUUUGGGGUUUGCUAUGAGGUUGAUUUGGAUUUCAGGGUUUUUCUCUGACAUUUGUUUGCGUCUAAGCUUUUCUUUUGGAGAAAUUAAAUUAGAUAUCCUUGAAGAAAGCUUAGUUUACUAGGCUACCCUUCAUCCCAAGCUUCAUGUGCAACAAGAUUUAAAAAAAUUCUUUACUUUUCGAUUUUCUUUUCUACAUUUACUAUACAAAAUUUUAAAAUUAUUAUUAUUAUCAUUAUUCUACUGUUUUCAAAUUUUGUUGAAAAUGAAUGUUCAAUGAUCACUUUCACAGGCCUUCAUCCAUGGCUAUUACCUUUAGGUAGGAUUGUUCUUUUACUAAAAAUGUUUCAUAAUAUAUGCUUUAUGCAUGCAAAAAAUAACAUUAACAACAUCGACUGUAAUAAAUUUGCUUAUUUGUAGUUAUAAAAUACUCCUUAAGGUGGAAGUGACCCUUUUUAGCUGUCCAUACAACUGCAUUAUUUACUUAGUAACUCUUAGUAACUAAUUAGUGAUUUUAUUAUUAAUUUGAAAAAAGAGUUACUGCUACUGUAAAAAACUUUGCAAGAGCCUUUUAAACAGAACUGUUUUAAGAAAUUAAAAUGUGUGCAUAGCCCUAUCUGCCAAAUUAUUUUUUACUUUUUUACCGAAGCUUGUGUUUCUCAGAGUUUCGAGUUUCUUAUAAUUUUUGUAUAUGUUACAGUGCAUAGCUUCUUUCCUGGGUUUUGAUGUAAUCUUACAAAAUGAAAUGUAUAAUCCUUGGAAAUUUAUUCUUCUUAAAAUAUUUUUGUUUUCUGAUUUUAUAGAGUCUUCAUCACUAUGGAAGUUCAAUGUUGCUUGAUUAUUUAUAUCAUGCAAGACCUAGAAAAGUCAUGUUUCUCGGUCCAUCUGAUAACGUUCUGGCGCGAACUAUUGCAGCGAUAUCUGGUUUAAAACGCUUUAACGUCAUGCAGAUUUCAUCUGGGACUGAUGACUCAGCUUUAAUCACUGAAAGAAACAUAUAUCCCAACUUCUUCCGAUCAAAUGAAGGUUUCUUCGAUUUCAAUAAUGCAAGAGCUCAAGCUAUUAAAGAGUUUAAGUGGACUGAGGUUGGACUGCUCUACAGCACGGAACCUUUUUAUUGGCAGUUAAAUCAGAUGUUAAAACGAAGACUAAUUCUUCUUGGUGUUAGAAUUAUUGCAGAGGAGCCGUUUAUGACAAGUGCAAAAGGUGCUGUCACUAGCUUAAAGCGGCAGGGCGCCCAUGUUAUCAUUGGUACAUUUCCUGCGUGGUUUUCUUCAGACAUUUUUUGCGAGAUCUAUUGCCAGAAAAUGUUUUCACCAAGGUAUGUGUGGUUGAUGCUGCAUGGAUUUGGAGUGUCUAGCACAAGUAUAUGCACAGCUCAACAAGUUGCUUGUGCUAGACGGGACUCAUUUUUUUUUGGUUUGGAACAUUUGUAUUCGGCUACAACAAUAUCUGGAAAGGUGCUUGCAUCAUUUGAAACUGAUUUUAAAACCUACACUAACAAUGACACAGCGUACUUAUCUUCUGCUGCUAACGUGUAUGAUUCAGUUUAUAUCAUUGCUGAUGCAAUCCGACGUGCUUAUCCUAAAUUAAAGACAUGGAAAAAAAACUUAGAUCAACUGAUGUAUGGUGAUGCUGUGGUGGCUAGUCUUUUGAAAAAUAUGCUGAUGUCAACAAACUUUUUUGGAUUGACAGGUCGAAUUGUGUUUAACUUCAAUGGAAAUCGCCAUUACCCUGUUGAUAUAUUUCAGUACUCCGGCAUUGACUAUAAUCUUGUUGGUCGAUAUGAUAAUUGGUAUAAUUGGCAUUAUUUUACAUUGGCAAAAGUAGCAUGGCUUGGUGGCAAACAUUAUCAACCAAUGACAGUGGAAAAUACUUGGAGAUAUGUGACGUAUGGAUUAUAUAUAGCUAUGUGUGUUUUAGCACUAUUGGGUUUAAUCUUCGCAGUUAUCUUACUGGUGUACUUAAUAGUUAAAAGAAAGACCAGUAUAAUCCGAAACUCUUUUUGGACAUUCAAUAUUAUCAUCAUUGUUGGCGCGAUAUUGUUGUAUAUAUCAGUGUUCACAUUUGGUUUCGACUCUAAUUUGGAAACAUCAGUUGACCUUAGUUUGAUAUGUAUUUUACGAAAAUAUUUAGUUUGUUUGGGCUUAAUACUGCUUGUUGCUCCAUUGCUUGCCAAACUCAUUUUUGCACAUCAUGUGUACAUGAAAAGACAGGUCGUUUUUAAUAAACGAGCCAAAAUAUUUAUGUUUGUCUUUGUUUUGGUUUUGUUCCUAAUAACAUUGCUGAUACUGAUAAUAUGGCAUGUGCUCAAUCCAUUGGAAAAACGUGUGAAAACAAUAAAUAUGCAAGAAGAUUUUGAUUGCAGCGACGAAAAUAUCCCAUUUGAUCCUUUUGUGCAAAAAUGGCACUACUUGGAAAUUUGUGAUUGUGAAAACAACAUUAUAUGGUUGCUGAUCAUCAGUAUAUUUUUCGUUUUGUUACUACUGGCUGCACUUUAUUUUGCUUUGACCACACGCAAGUUAUUUAUUUACCCCAUGAAUGAUACAUGGAAUUGUGGGAUAUGCAUAUACGUUAUUCUUUGUUUUGGAAUCUACUGUUUGCUUGUUGGCUUCCUGGCAGCUGAUUAUCCAGAUCUAUUUUUUGGUUUAAUUGCAGCUGGGAUUAUAACUUGUGUUACUGCAGUACUUAUAAUAUUGUUUUUGCAUAAGGUUUUGAGUAUAUGUGGUUGUGUUGGAAGACCUAAUUGCUGUACUAGAUGUAUUAAUGUAAUAUGUUGUGGACGGUGCAGCUCGAACGACUCUAAAUCUGAAGCAGAAGAUAUUGCAAUGUACAAUAGCUACUUCAAAACGCAAUCCACGGGUACAGCAGUCAACGAUUCAGGUCUCACUCUGAUAUCACCUGUUGCUGAUCUGUCAGAUAUUUCUUUGAGUAGUUUUGAUAACAACAACUCUGACAACAAGAAAAAAAGAUGUUGUGGAGGAAAACAAGGAGGCUGCUGUAAAGGUUGUUGUGGAAAUUUAUGCUUUGGUGCCCCAGAAUCUCGAAAAGUUGGAAAGCCUGGAGAUGAACAAAAGUUUGUGGUCCAUGGAGAUAAACAUGUUCGGUUUCAGUUGGUUCCAAUUGUAAAGAAAAAAUCCCAACCAGUGCAAACAAUGCCAGCUAAACCAGACAUUGUAGUUAGCCAACAUUUAUCCAAGCCUAAAGACGGUGAUUUUGAUAAAGGCGAUGGGCUGGUCAGUAAGAAACGCGAUUGGACAUUUGUGAAACAAGUACUGAAAAACAAUGGCUACUUGCAAGUGGAAAGUCCGACUGCGUAUGGAUAUGGACCAGACAAGAAAGCACCAUUAAAGAUAUUCAACAAAAAACCAGAUUGGUCUCAUGUUGUUUCAACUUUGCAAUCGAAGGGUUUGAUUUCAUCACCACGAAAAAGUAUAGUAUAUCUGAACCCAGAUGCUUUACAGCAAGAACUUAAAGACACCAAAGCUAAUGGUGCUACAGUGGAAGCAGCAAAAACUCUAGCACCAGACACCAAAGGUGGAAGAAGAUCAUCUACCAACAAAGCCAACAAUUCAAUCACACCCACCACUAACAAAUCACCAAGAUUAUCAAUAACAGGCAAGAACAGUAGACGAGGAAGCAAUGUUUCAGGGACUGAAGAGUCAGUUAGAAAAGUUUCCCGUCGUGUGGUAAAUGGCCCUGGAUCUCACAAUACUCCAAAACAGCCAAUGAAUUCCUUUUUAAGACGCAACACUGUUAAUGUGGUGACUACAACCGCUGGAGCGGCACCCCGAAGAAAUACGGCUACCACUAUAACAACGCUAAGAAAUUCCGGAUCAGUAUUUUAAAUUGAUCUCUAAAGGGAUGAAACUUUUAUGGUACAUUUUGGCCAUAGCUUAUAAAUAAUAACAACUCAAUUUCUUUUUAAUGUUUUUCUCUUUGUUUACACAUUGUAGUAAGUCAUGCAUAUUAUCAAUACUUCAAGUUAUGUACUGCUUAUGCAUGUACUAAAAAGGUUUCCCAACUUGUGAAAGUAUUGGUAUUUUUGUAUGAUGGGAGUUUUAUGUGGAAUAGAAUUGCUGUUUCUCUUAUCAGGAUCCUCUAUUACGUAUAUAUUUUAUUUUGUAAGUCUUCAGCCAUAAAUGAGUAUCAAUAAUCAAUAAGACACUUUGUUAAAAAACAAUUUAUUUUCACGAAGUUUUUCGUAAUCUAAGUUACAUUAUCAAGUAUAUAUUUUAAAUAUAUAACAAUGAGUUGUUUUUAACUGACAUAUCUGUAUGCUAUUUUUUGCAUCCUCAACAAAAACAAAGAGAAGUUUUGUGUGGUGUUAAGAUGUAUAAAAUUUUCAUUUUUUUUUACAUAAUUAAAUCUAUAUUAAAUGCUACCAAAUCUUUUGUUCAGUUUAUCCGGGCUUUAAAUUCACCAAACUUAGUUACCUUGUUACUGUAAUGCUUCGAAUAAACGCCCGGGACGUUUAUUAAUUUUUUUGACAUUAUUUGCGGGCGUCUAUUCGAGGGGGGCGGUUAAAAAAGGGGUCGUUUAUUAAUUUCUUUACACUUCGUCUCGUUUGCAAUUUUUAAGGAUACCUAUAAUAUAUAUAUUCACAACAGAAAAAAAAAGAUAUUCACAUGUUUUAGUGAAUAAACUUCAAAUCAAAAAACUAAAUUUCCAACCUUAAAUCUAAGAUUUAGGAAGAAAGAAAGUAAGUAUACUUUUACUAUCUCUUUGAAUAAACGCCCCUUUGACGGAAGGGCGUCUAUUCGAGGGGGCGUCUAUUAGAGGGGGGCGUUUAUUUAAAAAAUGACUGAAAAGGAGGAACGUUUAUCUGAAAGGGGGGAGCGUUUAAUAGAAGGGGGCUUUUUAUUCGAAGCAUUACGGUAGCUGUACAACAUGUUUUAAAUGAGUUAGUUUUACUUGUUUAUAAAAUUCAUUUUUAAUAAAAAUAUGAUUUAUCAAUUGGCUUCUGACGUAUAACAUCAUAUCUGACGAUAUUAAUGAUAAAUAUAUUUCAGCUUUUUCUAAUUAACGUCUGCAAUCAAAAAUUGCUGUGGCAUAUGACAUUGUGUAUUAUGGCGGCAAUUUUUAGCUAAUGUAAUUAAUAUGAAUUGGAGCGGCUGUAUUGAAUUCCCAUGCAUGGUUCAGGAUUAAUAAAAUUUCACUGUUUUACAAAAAUUUUUACCAUUUGUUGGGUGUUAAUAUCAUCUGUGUUUUGGUAUAGCUAGACGAACUCUAUGUAGUGUAGAUAAAGAUACGCAGUAAACAUGAGCAAUGAUCUUUUACUUGUAAGUAUGCUUGGAAAGAAAUGUAUAUAUAUUUAACAAUUUAUUUAUGCUUGAAUUUGUAUUUUUUUGAUAUAUUUUGUAUAUAAAUAAAAACUGCAUG